AUGCUCCGCAACGUGAGCAAAUUCUUGUUCGGUGACGCUUCGAAAGAAUCCAUCAUCGAAAUCCCCCAAGGCGAGCUGUAUCUGGUCCGCCCACAGUCGCCCAAAGGUUACUCUGAGCUUAUCUUCAAGGACGCUGCUGCCACGAUCCGACGUACCGGCCAAGACUUUCAAUACCAGCUCGUAAUCCAGAGAGCCUAUGAAGAGGGUGAGGAGGAACUCGCGGACGACGACAGCGAGCAAGGCGCGGGCGACGGCCUAGAUAAGGACGAGAAGGUUUUCCUCCUAGACCAAACCCUCCACUUUCGCUCUGAAGUGCGUGACGGAGGCGCAAAGAUAUUGGCUUGGGAUGAUCUGAGCGGCGACGCUGGUGAUCUCUUUGAAUUCAUCUGCGACUCUUCGGUCCCAUCGGACAAAGUUGCCACUUUCGAGCUUGCCGCCCUCCAGUGUCAGUACGAACGCAAACACCGCCGCAGUGCACAGAAAGCCACCGAGGCAGAGUUAGAGGAGUUCUCAUACAACGAAGAGAAGCCCAUUCCAUCUGCGAGUCCGGUCUCUUCGCCGACCAGAAAUUCCUUGACAGCAGAAGAUUCAGCUGCAGCCAUGGCAAAAGACGUGGAAUACGCUCAGUCCAAAGGACAGAUCAAGACUGCCACUCUCGAGGAGGAACCGACGACUGCCCCGCCGUCUGCAGCCCAUCCCGAAGCCAAGGAAAUUCUCUGCAAGGAAAAUGCCGAGCUGCAUUUGUUCGACUUUUCCACUGGGACCUUUGUGCUCCAGGAGUCGGACAUCGUUGCGACUGUCUCGGAGAUCGGUACUUGGCAAUACUGGCUCCAAGUUUCUGGCAAGGACAAGGACUGGUUAGGACAGGCUGUUGUCGCCGACAUCAACCCCGUCUUCAACUUUGAAUAUCUUUCGUUUAUCUUCAACCACUACGGUGAAGAUGGUUCGGCCUACUCAUGGCUCCUGCGAUUCAAGGACCAAGCCUCGGAAGAACGGUUCCAGGAGGGUCUGAUGCAGGCGCUAUGGGAACAGCUCAAUGAAUUGAAGUGGACUAAGGUCAAGGAGAAUGACCGAGAGUAUGUUCUUGAUGCCUUCCAGGAUCUUACCAUGGAAGAUGCCGAUGACAAGCCAGAGGAAGAAGUUGAGGAAGAAGAAGAGGCCGUAGAGGAAUACGAUGGUGAUCAGGAUGAUGCUCAGCGCAGUGAACACUACGACAGCGAUGAAGAAGAAGAAGAUGUUGUCACGCGUGAUGCAGAUGGAAACGUCAACUCACAAUUGGCAGUCGGCUAUAAGCAUGAUCGAUCAUUCGUUGUGCGCGGAUCCAAGAUCGGUGUCUUCAAGCACACCGCUCACAACAACCUUGAAUUCUCCACGACUAUUUCUAAAGUCGAGACCCCUAAGGGCAAACUUUUCAGCCCCAAGAAGGUCAUGCUCCAUGCUGAGGAUCAGAAUAUGAUCCUUCAGAAUGGAGAUGAUCCCAACUCGCUGUACAAGAUGGAUUUGGAGUACGGCAAAAUCGUCGACGAAUGGAAGGUCCAUGACGAUAUUCCCGUGGAGACAUUUGCUCCCGAAAAUAAAUUCGCGCAAAUGACCGCCGCGCAGCCAUUUGUUGGUGUCUCCAAGAACGCCCUCUACCGCAUCGAUCCUCGGCUUUCUGGCAACAAGCUUGUCGAUUCGGAUCUGAAGCAGUACGCCAGCAAGAAUGACUUCUCGGCUAUGGCUACUACUGAGAAGGGAUACCUUGCCGUCGCGUCCAACAAAGGUGACAUCCGCAUGUUCGACCGUCUGGGCAUUAAUGCGAAGACACAUAUCCCGGCUCUCGGCGAGCCGAUCAUCGGUCUUGAUGUGUCUGCAGAUGGACGCUGGGUGCUGGCAACUUGCCGUACCUACCUUCUGCUCAUCGAUUCGCUGCAGAAGGAAGGCAAGAAUGAAGGCAAGCUCGGAUUCGAGCGUGCUUUCGCGAAGGACUCGAAGCCUCAGCCCCGCCGUCUUGGCCUGCAGCCCGCACACGUUGCCCAGUUCCAACACGAGACGAAACAGCCUCUCUCGUUCACCACGGCACGCUUCAACACUGGUGUCGACUCAACGGAAACUAGCAUCGUCACCGCUACCGGUCCCUUCAUUAUUACAUGGAGUAUGAAGAAGGUUAUUGCGAACCGCAAGGACCCGUACACCAUCAAGCGGUAUGGUGAGAAUGUCAUGGCCGAUAAUUUCCGGUUCGGCUCUGACAAGAAUGUCAUCGUUGCUCUGCCGAACGAGGUGAACAUGGUCGCCAAACGUACCUUCCAGAAGCCUACUCGUGAGAGCAUCGCUGGUCCCGCCACACCAAAGCGUGCGCGCAGCGGAUGGAGCAGUCGUCUUGGCAAGGAUGACAUUGUCAACUCGCCUUAUUAG